AUGAAUUCAGUGUCAAGCUGGAAGAAACACUUAUCCCAGGCAAGCACACAAUCAUUAAUUGCUCUCCUUGCUGUCCUUGCAUUUGUACUUUUAAGGAAGAAACGUGCAAAUGCUCAGGCACAAGAUUCGGAAAGCACUGAUAACAUGGACAUUGAACAACAGGAAACACAAAUUACACAAACAGUAACAUCAGAUGAAAUGGCCACACGUGACAAUCCAUUGUUCGAAUCCCAGCAAAUCGCAGAUGAUCAUGACCUCUUCGAUAACCCUAACGAUUUUGAAGAGGCAUCUCUUUAA